AUGCCUAAGCAUAUACUCUAUAUUAAGAAAUACAAUGCUCGCGAUUGUCUUUUGGCUAUCCGUGGCGAGCAGAUUCCACAAGCCUUGGGCUUAGACGUCACUCGGUUGUGCGUCGUACGCGGGAUAUGCUACCAUCCGGGCUUUGCCAAAGAACUGCAUGGCUCACUGCCGGAGUUCAUUCGCGCUCUCAACGCUCGCAGCAUCAUGAGCAAUGAGAUCCCGGACAUGAAGGAGCCAGACGAAAUCCCUUACUGCAUUUGGCAUCCCCAGACAGCGACAGAGGCGACAUAUCGUGAACUUGCCCAUCGCUAUCCGCAGAUGAAAUACCAAAUUGGGCGUGCCUGCGCUGUUGCGGGCUAUCUCAACCUGUACGGGGAACUGGGAUUGCUCCCGGAAGUGCACAUUGCAGAAGAAGCGCGAGACAACGGCCAAUCGGCUAUCUUGGAUGCUAUUAUGGCCGCUGGCACCAAGUAUGCGGCCAUGAACGACUACACACGAACUGUAGAGAUGGACCAACCCACUAUGGCACAUCUGAACGGCGACACCGCUGUACGGUCGUACCUUGAUAUCAGACAGAGGUACACAAAACCCAGCCUAUCCUUGAACAGCUUCAGUCUAGGCUACAAAACGCAUUACUUCGACAUAACUGAGGAUUGGAGGAUCGACGAGUACGAAUCAGACGAACCCAUUCUCAGAGAAGAUGUGACGCCUCUCCUCUACACGCCCCUACCAGCUGACCUACCAAACGUGAACAAGGACCUUCUCAUCUUGAUGGCUGCCUAUUACGGGAAUAUUGACCGCUACGCCCGGCUCCGGCGUCCGAUGAGGGUCCCGACCGAAUUCCACUGUAUUGUCAGAGGUGUCUACCAUAACACUAUGUUUGCGAAGUGGUGGUCCCUACAACCCACUAUCGACGACUACCGCAUACAAUGCGCCAUCAAUGCCCGUUUCAUCAUGAACAACGACCUAUCACGCAUCUCGCCAGACACCCGGGACUCGGUACUCCCCUACUGUAUCUGGUAUCCUGCCGUUGCAGAUUGGCGAACCUACAUGGAGCUCGCUCGACGGAAACCGUCGAUGAAGCAAUCGGUUGCGAGGGCUUGCAUUGUCGCAGAUUAUAAGACUGUCUACGACGGGCUCAAUGCUGAGCCAGACUCCUCUCUCAUGGCAGAGGCACGAGACAGUCCGAAUCCACACUAUCUGCGUGACCUCGAACGUAAGGCAGCAGAGCGAGGAGGUGUAGUGAGCGACAACUCUCCAGAGUGGAAGAGAAACACUCGGAAACAAAUGUUCGAGCCGACGACGACUUGGCUAAACAAGGACGUGUCCAACUUUUUUGCCGAGACUGAGUUUAGCUGGGCUUAUGACGGCGUGGUCGCAAACAUGAGUUUUGUUGAGCUCAAUGUGUGUGCUCCCGACGAGCUGAAGCAGAAAGAUUUUGUCGACCUGGGCGAACUCUACGAACCAUGGCAUGGAUUCUGA